AUGGCGAGUGGUUACCAUCAAAUUCCAAUGCGACCGGAAGACAGACAAAAAACAGGUUUUAGCACCGAAAAGGGCCAUUUUGAGUUCAACAGAAUGUGUUUUGGACUGAAAGGAGCUCCGGCAACUUUCCAAAGACUUAUGAAUCAAAAUAUUCCAAUGACGAUUUUUAAAAAUCAUAUUUCAUCACUGAAUGAUAAUUUUCAAGAAAGAUUCAGCAAAUUUAAAGAAGAAGAAGAUUUAAAUAACUUAUUUAUUAAUCCAUUUAUCAUAGAGACACACGAUCUCCAAAAAUAUAACCCUAAUAUGCAAUUGGAAAUUAUUGAACUUCAAAGUUCAACAGUUUUAAAAUGCAAAUAUAAUGAGUCAUCUGAGAUAAUAGAUUUUUGGAAAUGCCUACCCGAGGAAGAUUUUCCAGAAUUACAUAAUGUAGCGAUGAAAUUGGUUUGCAGAUUUGGCUCUACAUAUGUAUGUGAGAAAAGUUUUUCGCGGAUGACUUUCAUUAAAAAUAAGUAUAGAACCAAACUAACAAAUUCUCAUUUGAAAAAUGUAAUGCUUCUAUCUUCAACUAAACUUAAACCAAAUUAUGAAGAAAUAAUAUCUAUGAAGCAAAUUCAACAUACCUAA